UCCCCUGUCUGCAGGAGCUCCGGGGGCGAGCACCGGGGGCUGCGGGAGGAGCGCGGGGCUGCUCGCUCUCCGAGUGUCGGGGUGGACGGGGGCCGGUGGCUCUGGGGCCCGGGGAGAGCACAGGCGCAUGGGCCCCUGGUGCCCGGCUGGGCGCGGGGGCGCUGGCGCUGAGUGAAGGGGCGGUGAGUCCCACGUGCAGCCUCGCCCCAUGUGGGAACCCAGGCGCACGCUCCAAGCGUCUGUCACCUUCGGUCUCCGCGCGGGCCUGUGGAGAAGCCCCCGGUGCGCUUCUGGUCUCCAGCCAAGCCACUGUCGUUUCCUGCGCCUGGAGUCUGUAAUUGUGAGCAACUUCCCCUUGGAACACUUCCUGGCGCGGCUGGAGCCCAGCGCUGGAGACUGUCCAGAACAGUGGGACGUUCUACACGUCUCCGGGAGGAAAGCUGUCCCCCGGGUCCUAUCCGAAACACUUGUCCUGAGUGUCCAGGUGUCCGCCAGGCACACACGUGUGUUCGUGGGGUUCCUUGCCACGUGGGGAUCCCCGGCCGCAGGUCUCAGAUUACAGGCUGGAAUCGGGGCCAGCUCGGAACUCCGGAAUGCAUGCAGAAGCAGCCGUCUCCCAGGCUGCCCACAGUGCCGGAGCCGGAGUCCUCGGAGCUCCCUGCUGGGGGCCCAGCCUCGCUAGGGGAGAACCUUGCUCCGCGUCCGCCUUUCCUCUGCACCCCCAUCCCAGGCCCCAGUACAGGUGGCCUUUCCUCCCGGGGGCCCUGCUGCUCCCGGGAUGGGGCCAAGCAGCUCCCCGUGACCCUGCGGUCCAGCCAUGGGCCCAUGAGCUGGCAGCCCUCCACUCGUUUUGGAAGCUUUGGGCAGCGCGUCCGGUGGUGCGGAGCCAAGUGUGGGAGACUGUGGGAGGGACGCACCUUCCAAAGUGGGCCCCGCCUGGUGUGGCGGGUGUCCCUGUAGUUCGGAUCAGUGCCACUGCUCACGGCCCCGGGUGGUGGUCCCGCAGCGGCCGCAGUGCCGGCUCCUUGAGGCCUGGCCCUCCUCUCUUCAGUGAGGCCUGUAGGGGCGUUUCCGCCUGUGACGGGUGACAGAGGUCAGCGCUGCCUCGCGGCCCCCUCCCCGCAGUUCUGCCCUGGGUGCCCCUGCAGGGGCCCCCUCACCGCGGGGAGCCAGGGGUGCUGGUGAAGGGCAGGCCCAGGACUGUGCCCCCCACAAGAAGUUGGAGGAGGGCCUUAUGUGGGUGGAAGGGACAGAUUUUAAAGCAACGCUCAGGAAAGAACGUCAAGCAGGAAUGAAAGUGGCCAUUUCCGAAGGGAGCCCCGUGGGUCUGGCACCUUCUGUGCUUCCUGGCAUCCUCACUGCUGUGUCUGCUCCCCCGGCACGGGGCAGGGGGAGGCUGGCCCCAGGGGUCACUGGGCCGCCACGGGGCGGCAGAGGUUUCCUAGGAUAGGCAGCUGCCUUUGUCCAGGGCGGCAUCUUCACUCACGUCCUUGGAGAGCGGGUCCCUGGCGCCCGGGCUGAGUGAGAAGCACAGAGGUAGUUUGAGUCUCUCUUUCUGGCGCGUGUGAUGGCCCUUCCCAGCCCCGGUGAGAAGCCUGCCUGCCUUCGGCCACCCCUGCUGGGUGGCAGGCCUGAGGCUCAGGGGCUCCUUGAGCAGAUGUUUGUGGAGACAGCGGGUAGAAGGCUCCCUGUGCAGCCUGGGAGAUGCGCCAGCCAAUGGGCUGCAGCCCAGAGGCGAGACCGUGUGCACGUGAGCCCAAGGUGAGCCCUUGGCCCUUUGCUUCCUGUGAUCCAAGAGCAGAGGAGGCCUGGGUUUCUCCCUGCUGGCUGGGGGAGGCCCCUCCUUUCUUCCAGCUGUCCUGUAACUCAGGAGGAAGGUGAGGGACUCCAGCACUGAGCACAGUGUCCCCAGAUUGUAGGGGUAGGGCUGGGAGGAAGGGGGGCGCAGCUCGUGGGACACUCCCUGAGACCCCAUGUAAACCCCGUCCUUCAGCCCUGCUCCCUGGGUGUCAGCGGACACUGCCCCCUACCCCUAACCCCCCCGACCCCACCCCUAACCCCCCUCCCACAGCUCCCUGGCCAUUGCAGGGUGUGGACCCUUGCAUGUCCUUGCUUCUGGGGGUGGCGGUGGUCUACCACAGUGUUGUGACCCUGGAGGACUCCUGGGACCCUCAGGGCUGGGUGCCGGGGCCCUGGGGCCCAUCUGCGUGUCGGUGGAGGCGGGAUUGCGGUGUUGGCCUGAAAUGCUGGAGGCGGAACUCUUAUCGGUGACCAGCUGGGAAUCCCGAGGCAGCAGCUCCCUGCGUGCUCGGUCACCUGUUUGGGCGUGUCUGGGGGCCGUGUCAGGGUGCAGAGUCCUGGAGUGUGUCUGAGAUCUUCAGACACACUUGUGACAAGCUCUCACUGCAGUCUCAGAAGCACCGCCUUGGGGUUUCAGAAGCCAUGGGAGUCCAGGAAGUAGAAAGAAGAAGCUGGUGAGCUUGCGGGGUUCUGGUAUCUGAGACUUCCGCCCCGGGAUUCGGGGACGCCAGGUACAGAGUCCCCUUCGGUCUCCUGCAGGGCCGUUGGGGACCUGGGCAGCAUGGCCCUCUCCGGCCCGGAGGUGGAGAAGCAGGUGCCGGCGGAGCCCAGGCCGGGCCGCAAGCUGCAGUCCUGGUGGAGCCUGGUGUUCUGCCUCUGUUUCUACGGCUUCAUGGCCCAGAUGCGACCCGGGGAGAGCUUCAUCACGCCUUACCUCCUGGGCCCCGACAAGAACUUCACGCAGAAGCAGGUCACCAACGAGAUCACGCCCGUGCUGUCCUACUCCUACCUGGCAGUGCUGGUGCCCAUCUUCCUGCUGACCGACUACCUGCGCUACAAGCCGAUGCUUGUGCUGCAGGGCCUGAGCUACGUGUCCGUGUGGCUUCUGCUGCUCUUCGGCUCGUCCGUGCUGCACAUGCAGUUCAUGGAGUUCUUCUUCAGCAUCACCAUGGCGGCCCGCAUCGCCUACUCCUCCUACAUCUUCUCGCUGGUGCCCCCCGCCUGCUACCAGCGCAUGGCCGGCUACUCGCGGGCCUCCGUUCUGCUGGGCGUCUUCACCAGCUCCGUGCUGGGCCAGCUGCUGGUCACGAUGGGCAGGGUCCCCUUCUCCACGCUCAACUACAUCUCGCUGGCUUUCCUCACCUUCAGUCUGGUCCUCACGUUCUUCCUGAAGCGCCCCGAGCGCAGCCUCUUCUUCAACCGCGGAGCGCCCGCGAGUGCCGGGGCCUCGCCCUCCGAGCUGGACCGGAUGAACCUGGGCCAAGGGCAGCCCACGGGUGGGAAGCUGGGCCGGCUGCCGGCCUCCUGGCGGGACUCGGUGCUCGCGCACAUGCUCCGCGAGCUGCGCCGCACCGCGCGGCUGCCGCAGCUGCGCCUCUGGUCCCUCUGGUGGGUCUUCAACUCCGCCGGCUACUACCUGAUCGUCUACUACGUGCACAUCCUGUGGAACGUGGUCAACCCCACCACGGACACCACGAGGGUCUACAACGGCGGGGCGGACGCCGCCUCCACUCUGCUCGGUGCCAUCACCUCCUUCGCCGCCGGCUUCGUGAAGAUCCGGUGGGCGCUGUGGGCUGAGCUGAUCAUCGCGGUGGUGACAGUGCUGCAGGCCGGGCUGGUCUUCCUCAUGUACAGGACCAGCAGCAUCUGGCUGUGCUACUCGGCCUUCGUGCUCUUCCGUGGCUCCUACCAGUUCCUGGUGCCCAUCGCCACUUUUCAGAUCGCGUCUUCUCUUUCUCAAGAGCUCCGCGCCCUCGUCUUCGGAGUCAACACGUUCCUCGCCACUGUCCUCAAGACCAUCAUCACCCUCGUUGUCUCCGACAAGCGGGGCCUGGGCCUCCCGGUCCACUCUCAGUUCCUCGUCUACUUUGUGUACUUCCUGGUGCUGUUUGUCGCCUAUGUCCUUGCGGCCUUGCUGACGGGCCUGCGCCACUUCCGACAGGGCCGCCACCAGCCCCCGCCGCCGGCCCAGGAGCUGAUGAGUCCGAUGCGGGAGCCGGCCGCGCAGGACGGGCCCGCCCCAGAGGACGGCGUGCGAGCCGUGGGGGAGCAGAGGCAGCAGCCCGAGGCCAAGGCCUGACCCCGCCCGACCUGCUCUCCUGGCCGGUGGGCGGCCAGGUUCCUGACACCAGACGCAGCGGGCCUGGGCCUUGACCUCAGAGCUGACACGUUCCCAGCAGCUGCCUGUCUCCGGGUGUCGGCAGCCAGGUUUCCGGCAUCGUCCACAUCGUCAGAUAGUGGCGCUGGUGACUGACGGGCCCCCGGUGCCCUGUCCCUGAGACCCAAGCCUCGGGGGCCUCCAGCCUCCACGAGGCGUCCUCGGCUCACCCCGAGCGGGGCACUCCUCAGCCCUGCUUCCCGCCCUGGCCGUGACCCGCGGCCUGCCGGGGAUGCCCCCCGGCCACUGGGGGCUGCUCUGCUGUCCCUGCCUACACGUGGCCGGUGCAGGGGGCCCAGGUGCACGCCAGACCUCCCUGCUUUCACCCCCUUGUCCCGGAGAGAUGGCAAGGUGGUCCCAGACGCAAGCCCAGGGGACCCGGUGCCCGCGGGGUGACCCGGGCCCUGGGGUGGGGCCGUGUUCCUGAGCCUGUGGCUGACCUGUGGCGUCUGCAGGUGUCCAGGUGCUUUCGUUGUAAACGAUGCUGUUCCUUUUUUUUGAAAAAACCCGACAAAAAUGAGAA